AGCGCUUAGUUCGAACGUUGUGUUUCAAAUUCAAACGGCUGAGGACUGCGUAGAAGACGGGUUAAGUUUGUGUUCAUCAACUUAUAAGGAUGUCCCGUUUGCCUGUGAUGUCAAAUAAAAGGGUUCUCAUGAGCAGUGGGAGCAGCUCAGAGAGCAGCCAGGAUUUGGCACCUCUUCGGAAAAAGAGUCGCCAAGAUUUAGACCAACCUGCUAAAUCCCAGGUUGCGUCUACAGUCAGCAAAAGGCCUGUUGCUAUAGCAAGGCCUAAUGUGUCAAAGCCUCUCAGAACUACUGGGGCUGCAACUGUGGCCGUUGCGCCAUCUAGAGGUGUUUUAAAGCCUUCUACAAUGUCAGCUGCAGCAAAAAGUGCUAAUAUUAGAGCAACGACAGGAGUCAAAGUCGAUGGCGGCAACAAACGAGCUCCGUGGGAUCUCAAGGGGAAGGUUUGUGACAUGGAGGAGAAGCUCAAGAAUUAUCAGACCAAAGUGAAGUCUGUGAAUCAGGAGAAUGAAGUGCUCAAAGGAUCCAUGGUCCAGACCCGACAGAGGGCGAGUGACAUGGAGAAGGAGCUGGAGAAGCAGAGGGGCCAACUCAGUGCAUUUCAAAAACAGUUGGAGGAGCUCUCAGGUGUCCAGGAAGAGCUGGAGAAAGUGUCAACGGAAAGGGACACGCUACAAAAAUCUCUUUGCAACCUGGAGGACAAAUAUAAAAUUAUGGAGACUCUUCGUGACAGCCAAGAGGUGGAGCUACAAACAUUGAAGAUGAAGCUCUCAGUGCAGGACUCAUCUCUGGCCCGGCUGCAGCAGACACUCAGAGACACAGAGGAAGAGGUUCAGUCCCUAAAAGAGACUGUGUCCCAGCAAAAAGAUGAGCUUUACUCUGGUGAAAUGGAGCGUCGCAAGCUCCAUAAUGCCAUUCAGGAACUAAAGGGUAACAUCCGGGUCUUCUGCAGGGUGCGCCCUCUUGUGGAUGGUGGUUUGAGCAAGCACAUUCAUCUUGCAUCUGAUGACAAGACUUCUAUCAGCUUGGCCAAAACUGAAGAGUCUCACACAGGAAAAGGUACCGAUACUCAGAGAAACUACAGCUUUAGUUUUGACAGAGUGUUUGGACCUCAGGCUUCACAACAGGAGGUUUUUGAAGAGAUUUCUCUCCUGGUGCAGUCUGCGUUGGAUGGCUAUAAUGUGUGCUGCUUUGCCUAUGGUCAGACAGGAAGUGGAAAAACAUACACUAUGGAGGGAGAUGAGUUCCAUGAAUCCAGAGGUGUCAUUCCUAGAGCAGUCCAACAGAUCUUCAAGGCAUCGGACAAGCUUUCCUCUCAAGGUUGGGAGUUCACCUUCACAGCAAGCUUUGUUGAGAUUUACAAUGAGACACUUCGAGACCUGCUCUACACUGGAAAGGCUGACAAAAGACCAGAGCAUGAGAUUCGCAAAUCUAACAAUGACCUGACUGUGACCAAUCUGACGUAUCAAAAGGUGUCCUGUGAAGACCAGGUGCUUGGAUUGAUUGCUUUGGCCAACCAGAACCGCUCCACUGCUCAGACAGCCCAAAAUGACCGCUCCUCUCGCUCCCACUCUGUUUUCAAACUGGAUAUUGAAGGAGUGAACACUGGCAGAGAUGUGAAAUGCAAAUCUGCUCUGUGCCUGGUGGACUUGGCUGGGAGUGAGCGAAUGUUGAAGAGCCAGUCUCAAGGAGAUCGUUUCAAAGAGAUGACUGCGAUCAACGGGUCCCUGUCUAAUCUGGGCAUUGUCAUCACUGCACUGGCCAAUAAGGAGAGCUACAUUCCCUAUAGAAACUCCAAGCUCACCUACCUGCUGCAGAACUGCCUAGGAGGGAACAGCAAAACCCUGAUGUUUGUCAACAUUGCCCCGGAGCCGGACAGCUUCGGAGAGACUCUGAAUUCGUUGAGGUUUGCCAGUAAGGUAAAUGACUGCGUCAUUGGAACUGCCAGUGCCAACCGGAAGUAGAAGAUCAUUUAAUGCAUGUUAAUUUUUAGCUUGUACAGUGCUCUCCUUUUUGGGCACACUCUGAACCAAAGCUGUUCACCUUUUUGUAAAUUAUCAGCAGCAUCUUUACCACUAAAUCAAGUGUUUAUCACAUUUUAAACGAGUGUUUAGAUUUGGGUGGUUAGAGUGAUUUGUUUUGUCUUGUAAACAGUUAACGCUAUUUUGCAUUUUUUACUAUAAUCCACAAAAAUGUUUUGGCAGAAGCUAUGUCCCCAAUUGAUUAUAAAGUUUC